ACAACGUCACACAUUUAUAUGCCGUGUUUACUAACGGCGGCUAAAUUGUGAUCAUCGGAGAUGUAAAAUUAAAAUUUCUGUGUGGAUAAAUCUGUUUAAUGAAAGGAUUAGUGUCCAUAUAAAUAGUGAUGGCUGAUCCCGCGGUGGCGUCGGGAGCUUCGCUGAAUGCAGGAGCGCGUGGGACUGGUGGUAAAGCAGCAUCCAGUCCUGCAGAAAACUACCAUCUGGCCAGGCGCCGCACCCUGCAGGUUGUUGUCAGUGCCCUGCUGACCGAGUGUGGCUUCGAGAGUGCAGAGAAAGCAGCGGUGGAGACGCUCACAGAAAUGAUGCAGAGCUAUGUAACUGAAAUAGGUCGCUGUGCCAAAGCCUAUUGUGAGCACACAGCCAGAAGUCUUCCAACCCUGUCUGAUACAGUGGUCACACUCAUCGAAAUGGGUUUUAAUGUCGAAACACUGCCUGUGUAUGCAAAAAGGUCUCAGAGGAUGGUUAUAACUGCCCCUCCAGUGACAAACCAACCUGUGACCCCCAGAGCGCUUUCAGCUGGACAGAAACGCACACAUCCAGCUCAUAUCCCGGGUCACUUCCCAGAGUUCCCUGACCCUCACACUUACAUCAAAACACCAACAUUCAGAGAGCCAGUGUCAGACUAUCAAGUGGUGAGAGAGAAGGCAGCGACACAGAGGAGAGACGUAGAGCGAGCACUCACACGCUUCAUGGCCAAGACCGGCGAAACUCAGAGCCUCUUCAAAGACGACAUCACUGCCUUCCCUUUGAUCGCAGCACGGCCGAGCACCAUUCCAUACCUCAGUGCCCUCCUGCCAUCUGAGCUGGAACUGCAAACCCUGGAGGAGACAGAUUCCUCUGAGCAGGACGAUCAGACGGACAACGAGAACACAACAGGAAACAUCAUCAAUGAUGACCCGGGUGCAGACAAAGAGAACUCCAUGCUUCCUCCCAGUGGUGGUGUUCCGUCCACAAAGUCCAGCGAGGACAACGUGAUUGAUAACCCGUACCUCCGGCCCGUAAAGAAACCCAAAGUGCGGAGGAAGAAAUGAGUCGGGACCCGCCUGAAUCUAACAGACUCACACUUGCUGCCGUAGUCAGAGGAGUGGCCCCGUGCUUUGUUAGCUGGGACAAAUGGCUGCUUUUUCUCAAGACGGGGACCAGUGCUGCUGUAGAUUCUGGCAGACUGACGGACUCAUGAGUGAUUUCCUUUGUAUUAGCUGUCUUUUUCUUUUUUUUUUCAGGAAGCACUGGCUUUGUUUAAAAAUGUUGUAAGCAACAUCCUUGUGUAAUAUACAUACAAACAGACAUUUUGUGAAUAAAGAAAAAAAGAGUUUCUUUUUUAAAAAAAAAAUUCAAACUUGUGACAUUGGUUUUAGUCUGGGUUACAUAUGACUUUAGGAAGGAAAACGAUAAGACGGACACAGUCUUAUGUUUUUAAGAGUUAAUAGUACAAACUCAGGUAGGCCACUCUGCUUCUCUGCUUCAGAAACACCUUUUCAUCAUGAAGCUGAAACACAAAAAUCACAAGAAAUAGUUGAUGAUUUAUAACAAAACACACAAUGAAUUUAUCCCAUCUUAAAUGUUACUGUUUAAAUCAAAAUUAUUUAAAUUUUAAAGGAGGAAU